CACUGAUCCAAAUCCAGUCGUUGAUGUAAAUCGUGUUUUCGUGAGAGUGGCUCAUCAAACAUGCGAUGAUCUAUUCAUGUUCUUUGAAGAUGUAUAUUAAAGCACGAGAUGCGGACAUCGUACACAUUGCAACCUGAUAGUAUGGGUUGACGUGACAGCAGGCAGUACUUCAAGGCGUCAACAUGGACGUCGCGAUCUUCACCAACAUAACAUCGUUGUUUCCCCUGGGAAACAUGUCGUCUGUGAUUCACAAUACAACGGAGGGGAGACUUGGCAACUCUUCUUCGUAUGUGUCUGACGUGGCGUCUGUGAACCAGCAGUGCGCGUGGAACCUGACCCUGAAUGACACCCUGUGUGACCUGGCGGCCACCACGGCGCAAAGUGUCAACACCACAGCAGCAUCAGAGGUGGUUGAAUCCGCACAUUCUCUGGGGAUGACAAUCUUUCUGGCCAUUUUGGCAGGCAUCGUGUCAAUAGUAACCAUCCUCGGCAACCUAACCGUGCUUCUUGCAUUCGGCUUGGAGCGCAGCAUCCGGCAGCCGACCAACUACUUUAUAGCAUCGCUGGCUGUGUCGGAUUUACUCAUUGGGACGUUUUCCAUGCCCUUGUUUACACAGUAUCUCCUUCUUUCCUUCUGGCCACUUGGCCGGCUGUGCGACCUGUGGCUUUCUCUGGACUGGACAGUGUGUCUAACAUCACAGUACACAGUCUUCUUCAUCACGAUGGACCGAUUUCUAUCCGUGAAGAUUCCUGCGAAGUACAGGAACUGGCGCACCGAGCGGAAGGUCCUGGUGAUGAUCGCCGUCACGUGGGUGCUUCCCACUGUGGUCUUCUUCACGUCUAUCAUAGGAUGGCAAUACUUCGUGGGCAAGCGCCAAGUGGCACAUGAUGCCUGCGAAGUGCAGUUCAUGUCCGACCCUUUGUUUCUAUUCAUUCUCACUAUAGGAUACUACUGGAUCACUCUCAUCGUCAUGUGUGGCCUGUACGGAGGCAUCUACAAGGUGGCCCUCAACCUGCAGCGGAAGUCCGACGCCAAGCACAAGAAGCUACAGUCCACCAUGGAGCUGGCUGCGGACCACAGCAACGUCCGGAACACCGCUUCAAACAGCAGCGACUCCACUACGCACCCCGCCAGAAACUCCAAGAAGCAGAGAUUAAAGCGAAGCCUAAAGACGGGUGACGUGGGCGGAGCAGGGAUAACUCCUGGACAAAACAACGUCACAGGCUUUGACAAGGGCGUCAACGCUUCUGCGUUCGGCGGGAAGGGCAUCCUGGGAACCGCUACCCUUGGUCGCCAUGACAGUCUGGGAGGAGGCAGCGUUGCCAGUGACGUAGCGGACAACAAGGAGGAGGAUCGAUCCUCCAGCCCUGCCUUCGCGUCAGACGAAGAGAACUCCAGCAGCGGCGCCGCAACAGGGGCAGACAAAUCGAGCAGCAAUAAAUCCCCCAAAGGCGGCGGAAAAACUCAUCCAAUCCACCAUCACAGGGUCUCGCAAAAGCGACUGGACCCCAAGUCCGGCAUUGCCGGCAUCGUCAACACCGCCAUGCUGUCGCACUCAGAUUCCCUGCAUCCCAACACCGCUUGCAAAGGUCCACGCUCGCAAGACAUCCAUUCUAACGAAAUGGUGGGAAAUCCUAUGCCCCCCUCAGGCCAGUGUCUGCGGCCAAGCCACGGAGGUCCGAACUACAGCCGCCUGGAGCCUCAACGCGAUGAAGGUGGCCAGCAGCAGGAGGUGGACAGCCUCUACUCGUCCUCUGCGUCCGACCGCCUCGAGCGGUCCACCAUUCCACUUCUAGACCCUGAGCCCACACAAGGCUGCCCCUACAUUGAUGAAAAGAGUUUCCUGGCCAUCAAACCUUCCGAAGAUACCGCGCUCAUGCCUGGGUCUGUACCGCCUGUUACCAUAACAUCAUCGGCUGACCCAACCGCGGCGGCAGAAAACGAGCGAGACUCUCCCUUGUGGAAACGGCGGAACUCGCUUCCUGUCCCCCCUUUAGCUUCCGACGUGUUCGACAUCGUUAUGGACGACGAUUUUACCGAGUACGGUGUGACGGAGGUCACUAUGACAACGACCUUAUCUUCAAAGGUCAACGGCGAAGAUGUGCCCUUCAACUCAAAACACUCGGACGAUGCGACUCAUGAUGGGAGCGGCGACCACCCGUGUCCAUCGGACCAACACCCGGACGAAGGCCACAGCCAGACUGACUCCCAGCGUCUGUCAGCCUCGAGAAGACCUCGCAAAGGCGAUGGGCGCAUCCACUCGUUCGUCAAAAGCGUUCGCUCGAGGAACAGCCGCCGGCGAAACCGUCGAGAGCGAAAGUCCAAGUCUGAAAACCGCGCACGGAAGGCGCUGAGAACUAUCACCAUUAUUCUGGGGGCCUUCGUGUUGUGCUGGACACCCUACCACAUCAUGAUCUUCGUGAUUGGCAUCUGCAACGACGCUACCUGCGUCAACUUGCCCUUCUACAACUUCACCUACUGGCUGUGCUACCUAAACAGCCCCAUCAACCCUUUCUGUUAUGCCUUCGCCAACACACAGUUCAAACGGACGUUUCUUAGGAUCUUACGGUUCGACUGGCACAGGACAUAACAUCAAGCCAGUAGUUUUAGAUGUUGUUGGACUUGCUGAUUUCAGAAGAAAGACUUGGAGUGUUCUGUGCAAUACGAACGGACAAACUUUCAGAUGAUCAACUCUUCUUCGAUCUUGACCUUUCAAUCCUUACUACAAUAUAACAGUGACAAAUUAAAAGAAAACAUCUUUCAUCAAUCAGCUCAAAGGAUCGUCUCGUACUAGCAAAGGAAAAAUGUGAAUAAAGUUUAAUUUUUCAGUCUGUUGACCUUACACAGGACAGUCUAUUGCUGUUAUUCAGGAUCAUACAGAUGGCAUCUCUCUACACGUGCAAUAUUUAACUGAACAACGUCGUUUUGACACUCAAAAAUAAAUAAAUAAAAAUACAGAAGGAAUAUCCUGCUUGAUGCAGUAUCUUGAAAAACAUCAUAAAAUGUUAUCUUACAACUUUACUCCUCGAGAGUUAUUUCGCCGAGACUACAGAGACUUGUCUGGCGCCAGUAAGUGACGUGGCCUGGGGAGCUAACUAAAUGUGUUCCGUUGGCCAGCGAGGGGAGGCAAUCACAAACGUCCCAGGAGACGGAUAGGUAGUAAAUGGAUGUAGCGAACUAAAAUGAUAGUUGAGUAAACUGCUGGGUCUUUUUUACUUAAACAAGCCACAAGGGGGCGAGUCUGUGUCUUUGUCGUCUCCCCAAGAUCUUGCCGAUCUGUGUGCUCAUCACCCAGAUUAUCUAGGACAACGUCGAGAAGCAUUAACGACACAGCACGCUUAAGUGUUUAGAGCUAAAUGACGAAACUUGUUUGUUGUUUACUACAAAAACACUUGUUGCUUUUUGUACAUGAAUGGUGGUGUGUUUUAUAUUGCUGUGCACUGCGAGGACGUUGGUGUCCCGCCCUGUGCAGUGCUGUGUCUGUGUUAUAUCAACAUUAAUACUAUUUGUAUUGAAAUAAGCUUACAGUGUGAACUAAGCUUCAGUCUUUUUAGUGCAGACGAUAUAGCGAAUCCGUGCGAAUUUCUUACUUCGAUGUUACAAUACAGGUUUUUGGUCCUAUUUGGAAUUAGCUAACCCAUUGAGCUUGCUUUCUGGUCUAGUGUUCUACAGCAUUGCGUCCAUACUGUGUAUUUAGCUAUCUUGGAUGCAAAAUGGAAGUAUUCGUCCGAGAUAUGUUAGACUGCCUUCGUCAGGUCUUGUCCUUGUAAUCUUGUAACGCGUGGACACUCGGUAAUCUUUGUGUCUCUAUAGCCGGCAAUGUCACUUCACAGUUUGGACCCUGACAUUUCAUUCGCACGUGUCCGUGCGAGCUCCACAGUCCAUCAUCGGUUGUCGUUACAUCGUGUGAUUCUAAACGAAUUUAGUCGUAGGCGGUCAGUGGUGAUUGAAAGGUAUACAAAUCUCGAAGAAGUUUCUUCGAAUUUUGAAAGCGUUCGGAAGUUUCGGGUAAAGUCAUCUCCCUUUCCUAGCAAGAUGUCCCUUCUGGUCACCACAUUUAGUCUUUUCGAAAACAGUAUUUUGAUAAUAACUUUAUGUCGUAAAUAUAUAAUUUUAAACGGAUGUCAAAAUCAAAUUUAGCAGAAAUUAGCUGUCGUUACUUUACAAAGUAGCACAUUUUAUUGUUUCCACAAAUAUUAGAGAAGACAAAUGAAAACAAAAGUCCCAGCGAAACAUUUUCGGCUCUAAAGUUAUGAUAAUGUUUAUUAAUAUUAAUAGCAGUAGUAGCAGUAUAUCAAUAGCAUAUAUAAAGUACCUAGUUACUUCUUGAAGAAAAUAGUCACAUAAAAUUGUAGAUUAAUAAAAAGAUACAAAAGGUUUGUAAGCAUAAAAGGUUCCUUUAGCUAAUGAGGACCUAUAUUAGAAAAUAAAGAUUUUCUGAACUUUCUAAUGUUCACGUGACCUGUUGGGGGACAGCUUACCGGACACAUAUGCUACAUCAUUUACAUCCUUCAUCAACUUUGCUCCAUUUCAUUUUGCAUUUGCCUUUUGCUUUAAGAACGAUGUUUAAAAUAAAUAUUAAAAAAAUCCUUGAAACUAGCAGGCAUUACCGUUAUAUACCGCUCAUAAGUUUAGCAACAUCGGAGGCUUUCUUGAUGUGUCAGAAAUUUGUGAGGGUUUUAGGGUAGGAAGGUAGAUAGCUGUAGUCCCGAGAUGAGUCACCUAAUCACCUAGAGAACUAUGUCAAGGUUAUACAGCAAAGAUGCCCACCCUUCUCAGUUCUCCACUUAAGUCUUAAGUUUUUUUAAUAAGAGAGACCUGCCAUCCUAGUUUAUCUGAAAAGAAAGAAACAUUAAUACAAAUAGCGAAGGUAAAUGAAAAAUAUUUAGUAAAAGUGGGGGAGUUCAGGAUGAGAUGUGGUGCGGAGUUUGAAAGAGAUAAUGUGGGUACAGCACGUGCCUAACUGGCCUUCAUAACAGACAGGCUGAAGAUAGUGAGGACAGAAGAUACAUCAAGAAAGCUAUAAUUAGCAGCAAAGUGGACGCCAAGAGGUCCACCUGACGCACCGAGGCCGUCAGAUGAAAAAAGAUCAUCUUCUUCUGAAUCGCCCGUCAUGUUCAGCAGAAACAGAUAUUAACUGGGGCGUAUGGCUACCACAGGGGUACAACACUCGCCAGGGUGUGACUACCUCA